CCAAUAUAUUUAAUAAUUUUGUGAAUUAAAGUGUUAAAUACAUAAUGAUUACAUCAAUUGAAGUUGGGCUACUAAGGGAUGACUUUUGUCGAAAGCAGGAACUCGAAGACAUCAUAUUCUCAUCAUUAGAAUCAAAGUUAUUCGCUAAGCAUUCAAUUAUUUACAUUCCGUCGAAGAAAUUUACAUUCCUGAAUGAAUUUAAAGAAUCAAUAAAUUGUGUCUCAAUCGAUGAAAUAGCUGAUAAAGUGGACAGAGACAAUGUUGAAUUCUACUAUUACGAGUUCUCGGAGCAUAUUGUUCCUGAAUUGGAAGUUAUGGAAGCUCACGAUGAGCAAAUAACAAGUUCAAUGCACUGGAUCUUACCAAACAAAACUGAUUUGAAUGGCUUAUGGGAAUCUCUAGUCUACGAUAACAAUCUGAAAGAAAAUUUGUUAAAUUUUGCAAAAACAAUUUUAUUAUUUUCAGAAAUGGCUGUGGAUCAAAACAUUAUAUCCUGUAAUCGUUUGAUUCUCCUUCAUGGCAAACCUGGAACUGGAAAGACGUCUCUAGCUAAAGCAUUAGCACAGAAACUAUCUAUCAGAAUGAACAACAAAUAUCAAUUCAGUCAUUUAUUUGAGAUCAAUUCACACUCUUUAUUUUCGAGGUAUUUUUCGGAGUCGGGCAAGCUAGUCAUGAAGUUAUUUCAGCAGAUCCAAGAAGUCAUUGAAAUGGAAUCGAAUCUCGUUAUUGUACUUAUCGAUGAAGUCGAAUCAAUAGCAUUUGCACGUGAAAACAUAUCAAAUAAUGAACCAAGUGACUCCGUUCGAGUUGUCAAUUCCGUCCUUACACAGCUGGAUAAGAUUAAAAGAUAUCCGAAUGUCCUGAUUAUAGCAACUAGUAAUUUAACUAAGAGCAUUGAUUUAGCAUUUUUGGAUCGUGCUGAUAUUGUCAUGAUGAUUGAGCAGCCUUCAUUUGAUGCCAUUUUUAAGAUUAUUUCUUCUGCUAUAAAUGAACUAGUCGAUAAAGGAUUAAUCAUAGCUGAUAGCUUAGAUGAUGGACGUGAUGACUUUAAUAUCGAUACAAUCAAUAAUUUUGAUACAUUCUUGGAAAUUCAGAAUUUCCUGCCAUUUUCGACAGCGAAUAUCAUGUGCCAUGUCUGUAAAGAAGCUUCAGGCAUAAGUGGACGUAGUUUGAGAAAGUUGCCAUUCUUAGCUCAUGCUUUGUUUUUGAAGAAGAGUAAGGCAACGUUAAGAGAGUUCUUGAUUGCUAUGCGUGCAGCUGUUGAUUACACAAAGAGGAAUAAGGAUGUGAUUCAAGAAUAAGUUGUGCUUUUAGGUUUAAGAAUUGUUCGUUCCUUGUUUUAUUUUUAAAAUCUUAUUUACAUUAAUUGUCAAUCGUGUUUUAAUAAUCAUAUCGUCUAAUGAGAAGGAAUUAAUCCUUUAUCAUAUCAAUUGUGAUGAUUUAAAUAGUUUGUAGGCAUAAAUCAAGUUCUGAAAAUAUUAAAAAUCUGAAACAAAAAGCUUAAAUGACAAUUCAAAGUUACUUUUAUAUUUUUUUUAAAGAUCUUUUUUAUUCAAAUUUGUUCAAUGUUAAGGCGUGUGAAUUGCGAUUUCUUUUCUUUCGUUCUUGUUUUGAAAUUUUAGAAUUCGUUGGAAACCUGUUCUGUACUAAAAUUUUGUGUAUUGUAAAAUUUGUUGGUAAAUAAACAACACUAAUAAUUGUUUGACCGGCUUUGAUCCAUAUUGAUAGAAAAGCAAGAAGCAGUGCAUAAAAUCGAUUUAUUUAAUUUCAAAAUUACAUAUUAUCACUUAUUUGCGCACCCUUCAACUUCUUCAAAACAUUCGCAGCUACGAAGUUUCAAAUUAAGGUAAAUCUUUACGUUUUAUCAUUUUAACCGCUUAAUAUCACUAGUCAAUGUCCUUCUAAUUGCGCAAACAAUAACAUCUCUCGAGAUAAUAGUCAAUAACAAGAUUCUAAUCUAUUCCAAUAAGAAAUUUCAAAAGCGCCAAAAUUAUUUUCAAAUUAACAUCAAUUGAACAGCUUGGGCUGUUUUCAAUGGAUAUCUUAUUAGAUUCAUUGUGAGAGAACUUCGUUU